AACAACCUCAUCUCUAAAGUGCCCCGGGGAGCCCUGAGCCGUCAGACCUGCCUCCGUGAACUGUUUCUCCAGCACAAUCAGUUGACAGACAGCAGUUUGGAUGCCACCACCUUCAGCAAGCUGCACAGUUUGGAGUACCUGGACCUUUCCUACAACCAGCUGAGGGCGGUGCCCGCCGGCCUGCCCCGGACCCUGGCCGUGCUGCACUUGGGUCGGAACCGCAUCCAGCAAGUGGAAGCUGCCCGGCUAAAGGGGGCGCGGGGCCUGAGGUAUCUGCUGCUCCAACACAAUGAGCUGGGGGGCUCAGGCUUGCCCCCCAAGGCGCUGCGGCCUCUGCGGAAACUGCACACACUGCACCUCUACGGGAACCAGCUGCAGCGCGUGCCCCCGGGCCUGCCCCGCAGCCUGCGGGCCCUGGUGAUGCCACACAACCGCCUGGCCACGCUGGGCGCCCGGGAUCUGGCAGCCACGCCCGGCCUGGGCGAGCUCAACCUGGCCUACAACCGCCUGACCA